GCGGCCCCGCUGCCCGAGGAGGACUGCAUGAAGCUGAACCCCUCCUUCCUGGGCAUCGCCUUCAGCUCCCUGCUCGCCAUCGACCUCUGGGCCUCCAAGCGCCUGGGCGUCUGCGCUGGAGAGGGCUCGGCCUGGGGCAGCGCACGCCCCCUCAUGAAGGUCAUCGAGGUUUCGGGGCACGGCAUCCCCUGGCUGCUGGGCACCGGCUACGGGCGCUGCCCGAGCGACACAGACCGUUUCAGGUUCCUAGUUCUUUCUCUUUUAUUAACAUUGCUGCUGGAUCUCGUGCUGGUGGCAGUGGUGAAAGGGCUUGUCAAGCGGCGGCGGCCCACCCACAACAAGAUGGACAUGUUCGUCACCAUCUCGGUGGACAAGUACUCCUUUCCGUCGGGCCACGCCACCAGAGCUGCUCUGGUCUGCCGCUUUGUUCUGCACCACCUGGUGCUCGCUGUCCCGCUGCGGGUCCUCAUGGUGCUCUGGGCUCUCAUCGUCGGCAUUUCCAGGGUCAUGCUGGGCAGGCACAACGUGACAGACGUGCUCUUCGGUUUGCUGCUGGGCUACGCGCUGUACAGCGUGGUGGAGUACUGCUGGCUGUCCCCGCUCAGCGCGCCUGCCCUCUUUGCGCUCUGGAGCCAUUGA